GCGCGAGAAAUAUGAUCCGCGCAAAAAUAUUGUACCUGUAUCUGUAUCUUUAAAAGAACAUUUGAAUCUACUCCAUUGAGCACAGGGUACGGAUUGUAUAAUAAAUGAUUGAAGCGACUCAAUUACUCGGUAAAGCACUCGUGCCGAGGUAUCUUCGAUAUAAUAAUGCAAUUGGAAAAUAAUGCAAUUCUAUGGAAAAAUCGGUUGGAACUGGGUCAAUCAAUAUAAACAGAGACAACCAAGCCUUCACCCUUAUUCUCUGGACCCUCAUCCCUGUAGCUGGAGCUUUCACCAAAGACGCGUGCGUCUGAAUUUCCCUGUUCAUUACAGAACAUGGCUCCCGAUCUGAAAGUUGUGCCAAUCCCGGAAGACAGAUUUUCCGACGUGAUAGUUCACCUGAGAGAUAAUUUUUUCGCCGACGAACCUCUUAACAGAGCGGUCAAGCUCUGUGAACGUGGCGAACCUCAUGUUGCGCUGGAAACGCAUAGCUUGGCGACUCUACACCAAGGAUUUUCACGGAUGGCUGUCACCGAAGAUGGACUGAUUGCGGGCGUCGCUCUGAACGGGACCGUGCGAAAAGGCGAACGAGAAGAGGCGGAAUCUCGCCUUCUUGAAAUGUCUGAUGAAAAGUUCAAAAUAAUUUUUAGUCUGCUCUAUGGUGUUAAUGAAAAGGUCGACUUGUUUUCAAAGUACCACGUGGAUAAGAUUUUUGAAUGCCGGAUUUUAAGCGUUGCCGACAACUUCAGGGGCAAAGGAUUAGCUUCUACUCUGAUGACCGAUAGCAUGGAAACAGCAAGAGCAGCUGGGUUUAAGGUCUUCAAAGCCGACGCAACCGGAAUAUAUUCUCAGAAAAUCUGUACAAACUUUGGAUUCGAAAUAGCAGCCGAGAUCCGUUACUGCGAAAUUGACGAAAGCAUCAGACCGGAGCCACCGCACGAAGCCUUGAAGCUUAUGGUAAAGAUUUUAGAAUAAUAAGUUAUUAAUGGAUCUGUGAGAGAAAAAGCCAACGCACAACAGGCAGAUUGUAGUCUGUUAAACCUAAUAUGUUCAUGAUGCAUAUAUACCUAUGCAAAAAUUAUAAUUGCAUAGGUAUGGAUAUAUCCAUGUUUUAUCUGUUUGGACCGUUUACACGUGACAAUAAAAGCUCUCUAAUGAUAAUUCAUUUGAAAAAUGAAGACAAAAAAGACAAAUACGAACAAUUGAGCUGAAUUUUCUGAAUACUUAUUAUAAUACCAAAAGGCAAUUUAUAUCGCUAUUUAUACAUGUAUUAUGUCUAUAAUGUUCUGAAAGAGCUUUUGUUAACGAUAUACCUUGAAUAUUUCGAAAGUAUAGAAAGUUAAGUAUCUAAAAGUACUAUACAUGUGUGUAUACAGAAAUAACAUAGUUAUUGCUCGUGUUAUUGUUGCAAUUGAUUAGAAGUUUAAGGGAAAACGAAAGAACCUGUUUUACAACAUACUUUGAAGUAGCCGACCGAAAAAAAUUAUUAUAUCAUUAUAUAGAAAUAUAUUAUACUUAUAUAUGAAUGUUACAUUUUCUAAGAACGUUUAAGAUUGAUGUUAUAUUUACAAGUAUUGUGCGAAAGAAGCCGCAGGUGCAGAAUAUACCGUUACAACGCAAACGGACAUGUUUAAAACUGAUCCAUUUCCUCAUUUGCUACUCGAACUAUAGUUCGUGAUAGAUUAAUCAAUCAACUACAAAUUGCAGCUGCCACAGUUCUGAGCCAAAGUAUUUAUAAUUAUGGUCACUGAUUGAUAGUAUACUCAUCCGCGGAUGAGAUUAAUGCAAAUUCGAGAAAUUAAAAUAUAUUGCAAUACCAAGUUGAUUUGUAAUAACUGCAGGGAAUUUUCACUUGUUAUCCUGAUAUUUUUUGUGAUUUUCUAUCAGAGAUAUACCUAACUCAUUUGUAGAGGUAGUUAUUAUUAUGCAUUGAAAAAUGGGUCCAUAUGCCAAAUUUUAUGAAGUUAAUGAAUUACAAAUGAAUAUUUAAAUAUUAUUGAUGUGAAGUGUGAAGAAAUGAAUAAUGAAGUAUUAUAUGUAUACAUAUAUGUUAUUUCUUAAGGAUGUC